AUGAACAGAGAAAUCAAUCACGCGCACCUGGCGCAUACGCUUGAGAGCAACGCAGAAUUUGAUCUGCAGGCUACCAAAGACAUUCGCAAACUCCUUAUCGAUAUAUGCCGCCAGAACGGAGGGGGCCAUGGAGGCUCGGCCAUUGGUAUGGCGCCAAUGGCCGUGGCGCUUUGGAAGUACGCGAUGCGCUAUAACCCAAGAAAUACCGAAUGGUUCGACAGAGACCGUUUCGUCCUUUCCAACGGCCACGCUGCAAUGUUGCUGUAUACCAUGCUACACAUCUCCGGCCACGAACACAUGAGCAUCGACGAGCUUAAGCUCUACGGCAGCCCAAAAAGUGUUGACAGACACACCGGCAAGUGGGAGUCUACAAUUUGUCAUGGUCACCCCGAAAUACAAGUUCCAGGAGUCGAGGUUACCACAGGCCCCUUGGGUCAAGGUGUUGCAAACGCCGUGGGCCUAGCCAUUGCCUCCAAGAACUUGCGUGCCACUUUCAACAAGCCCGAUUUAAAGCUUCUAGACUCUCAUAUCUACUGCAUUACGGGGGAUGGCUGUUUGCAAGAGGGAGUCGCAAACGAAGCUAUUGCGAUUGCUGGCCAUCUGGCGUUGGACAAUAUGACGCUUCUCUACGACAACAACCAGGUCACUUGCGACGGACCCCUUGACUGGAUUGUCUCUGAAGAUACCAAUGCAAAGAUGAAGUCAAUGGGAUGGAACGUAAUCGAUGUUUUGGACGGCGAUUCGUCAGUCUCUAGCAUCGUGAAAGCUCUCGCACAGGCUCGCAGUCACCGAGGCCAACCAACUUUCAUCAACAUUAGGACUACCAUCGGGUUUGGUACGUCCACUGCCGGAACAUUCAAGUCACACCACGGUACAUACUCGGAGGAAGACGCUGCCCUCUACGGAACGGCAGGUCUUUCUUCAACACACACGCUGUCGGAUAAGACCAAAGAAUACUUCGGUGAGGUCAUUGACCGUGGCAAUUUUCUUGAGAAAUCUUGGAACAAGAAGCUACAAGAGUAUGCCUCGGCAUAUCCUGAGAAAGCCAGUGCUCUUAAAGACCGCAUGAAUGGUGUUUCAGAGUUCCAAAACGUUCUAGACACGAUUGAGGUCCCAGACAUUGUCCAGUCGACUCGGACCUUCAACGGCGAAGUCUUCAAUAAGCUCAUGGACAGUGUGCCAAGUAUGAUAGCAGGCGGUGCUGAUCUGUGGAACUCGAAUCAGUUGGGGGAUCAGUCGAACCGUAUUUUUGAUCGGACAAAUGCAGAAGGCCGGGUCAUCCGCUAUGGCAUCCGCGAACAUGCCAUGGCUUCCAUCUCAAACGGCAUUGCAGCUUAUGCGCCGGGCUGCUUCAUUCCUAUCACGGCUACCUUCUUCAUGUUCUAUCUCUACGCCGCAGCAGGGGUGAGGAUGGGUGCACUUAGUGGCCUUCCGGUCAUUCAUAUCGCAACCCACGAUUCGAUUGGGGAAGGGCAAAACGGGCCAACCCAUCAGCCCGUGGAGCUUGAUUCUCUAUUCCGUACCAUGCCAAACUUCCAGUAUAUGCGCCCUGCAGAUGCAGAAGAGGUUCUAGGUGCCUGGUCUGUUGCUUUGGCUGCUAAAAGCCAUCCGUCCAUGAUCUCCUUGGCCCGGGACCCUGCUCUAACGAAGGUCUCAGGAACAAAUCGCCAAAUGGUCUGCAAGGGGGGUUAUGUGGUGUCGGAAGUCAACGGUGCCCAAGUGACUCUUAUAUCGUGUGGUUCCGAACUGCAAUUUGCCAUUGAAGCUGCUAAGCGACUGAAUGGUAAAGGAUUGUCCACCCGGGUGGUCAGCAUGCCAGCAAUCGGUCUCUUCGAGCAACAGCCUUCUGAUUAUCAAGACAGUGUUCUAUCUAGUUCGCCCCAUAUCAUUUCUGUUGAGGCGUAUGUGUCUGGAAUUUGGUCACGUUUCUGUACGGCCUCAGUGGCUAUGGACUCUUUUGGGUACUCAGGGGCCGGAAGGGAGAAUUUCGCCAGAUUUGGCAUUGACGCUGACGGCAUUUAA